UGAGUAGCACACUGGACACAGUUGUGACGGUGGAACGUAGUCUCUAGGUGAACGAGAGCUCUGACAGCAUCGAAACAGUUAAUGUUAGUUAGCGACAGUUGCUCUGACAAACCCUUGGAGGAGUAACAAGUGUUCACGGUUCGGACGUUUACGUUUACUUUGGGAGAGUUUGUUUUCAAACGUAAAAACUCAACUUUCUUUGGUGAUUUAGACUCGUUCUGGAAUAAAAACAUUUUUGUUUAAUUAAGUUUAACACAUUUUAACGAACUUUGAAACUCGGUUUUGAGAGCAUCAUCUAAAAUGCGCUAAAGUGGAGCCAUCAGAGCGGAUCAUCAGGAUGACAGAGCCAGUGGAGCAGACCCAUCACCUGAAAACUUCAGGCAGCCCAUCAGGUGGGAGCAGCGUAGAGACUUUGGAGCAUCUCCCAGCCAGCAGCGAUGGCGGACCAGUGAACGGCGACAGGGGGCGACAGAGAGACGAGAAGCAGCAGCAGCAGCAGGCAGAGUACGUUGGGGAUGUCAACACAGACAAGUUACUGCAAAUCAAAGCCGAACAGAGGGAGAUGUGCCCGGACUUAGCAGCCGGAAACGACCUCCAGAAGUGCCCGAUUGCCACUCAGCCUCGCCAGAAAGUCGGUGUUUCUGUAGUGGAAGACGGUAAUCGCACCUCACAGGAGGAAAAUGGUGAAGACCGACCGCUGCAGGAGACUUUGAACGAGGUGCAAGUAGAGAGUUUGCACAUCGACUCCGACACUGGCUUCUAUGCGCGUCUGGGCAAGAAGAGACACAGGCGCAGGACCUCUAAGAAGAAGCGCAACUGGAAGCCUUAUUACAAACUUUCCUGGGAGGAAAGGAAAGCCCUGGAAGAGAAAGAGACGGCCAGGGCUUCACGGUUGAGAGAGGAGAUGUUCGCCAAAGGGCUCCCGGUGGCCCCCUAUAACACCACACAGUUCUUGAUGGACGAGCACGACCGAGAGGAGCCCGACCUCAACACCGAGACGGGCGUCAGGCGGCCCUCUGGGGUCGGUGGCCGCAUGGAGGACACGGGCAGCGAGGAGGACUUCUUCGACAACGACGAGGAGGAAGAUGAUGACGGCAGCGGCGGAGGCAGCGACGGUAUCGGUAGGGCCGGGAACGCAGGUGGGGAGUUUCUCCAGAGAGACUUUUCCGAGACCUACGAGAUGUACCACGUCGAGAGCUUGCAGAAUAUGACCAAACAGGAGCUGCUGCAGGAGUAUCUGGAGCUGGAAAAGUGCAUGUCCCGGCUGGAGGAGGAGAACAACCGGCUGAGACGCACCUUGGAGAGCUCCCUGGUCCGCCUAAAAGAGCUGGAGAGGGAACUGGAGAGACCGAGGGCCCAAAGCACUGAGCUCCUUUUGCAGAACCAGCCGAGCAAGGACAGGGGCCAAGUCGCUACCAACUAAAGGACACAAGUCAAGCAGAAAAAAAAAUCCAUGAAAAGGUAAAAACAUGGGACUACUCAUCAGUUUCCUGUAAUCAGUCUGUCAUCUGGACGAAGUCCUUGCAUUGCAAUGCAAUACUUUCUAUUUCUUUUCUAUUUGGACUGUCCCGUUCAAUUUUUUUCAAGAAGAAAUGUAAAUAUUUCAAAAACAAGAUUCUUUUUAUAAAGAGAAUGUAUCUGACAACAGAAAUAUUUUGUUCCCCUGGUAAACUUCGUAGAUAGGCUUACCCAUUGACAUAUACUGUUUAAUUUGUGAAUUAGAAACAUUGUAACAUUUUGUUGUAUCCCGCCCGACAAACAAACAAACAAAACAAAAAAACGAAUAACAAAUUCCAGCUAAUUGGACCAGUUCACAGAGACUGUUGUGCAGGAGUAAAUUCCAGAGUGUCAAUUUUAACAAUUGUGUGUUGACAUAAGUUCAAAUAAAUAAUUGAAAUUCUGCUUUA